AUGCCAUUUACCAAAGAGCAAUACCAGGAAUAUUAUCAGAAAAUUAAAGAGGAAAGAAACCGCAAGAGGAGAGAGAAAUAUUUAGCUCAAAAAGUUCGGGUGGACGAAAGCCAAGCAAGACAAAAAAUCGUCAACCCAAAAAAAGAGGUGGACGAAACCUUGCUUAAUCAGGUUGACGAAAUUAAGGUGGACGAAAAAUUAAGGGAACGGGUUGACGAAAAAAAUGUUAAAUCUGAGGUGGACGAAGUUGCUCCGCCCAAAAACAAAGUGGACGAAAAUGCAGAACCCUUAAGAAACGUAGAACCCAAAAUUGUUAACCAAGUAGAACUCGAAUUAGCACCAAAUGUCGAAUCCGUUAAUGCCAGCAAAAACAAAAACAAGGCCGAACGAGAGGAGCAAUUCAAAUCAGAGGUAAUCAAGAUUAGUCGCAUUAUUCCUGAUGAAUUUCUUGUUAAAACAAAUGCCCCAAGAAAAAUGGUUGAGGGCAAAGAAUAUUUUUGUAUUAAUGGCCGUUGA